CAUGUGUUGCACAAUAAACACAAUGUCAUAUGUGGCCCUGCUUCAUUUAUUCCAGCAGAUAUACCGCCAGCAGAUACACCGCCAGCAGAUACACUGCGGCUUUCCUUGCCGCCGGCUCUGCCGUGGACUCUGCCGUGGACUCUGCCGAAUGGAAGGAGUGGUCGCGACAUAGUGGUACUUAGGCGGGUUCGAUAAUGCUCUUUGGGCAUGUGUUGCACAAUAAACACAAUGUCAUAUGUGGCCCUGCUUCAUUUAUUCCAGCAGAUAUACCGCCAGCAGAUACACCGCCAGCAGAUACACUGCGGCUUUCCUUGCCGCCGGCUCUGCCGUGGACUCUGCCGAAUGGAAGGAGUGGUCACGACAUUGUGAAUUCAGUCGUCUUGUUAUUUUUUCCAGGCACAGUUUAAGACCUUACUUAUCAUUAUAUUAAUUUAUUGAUUCAAUCUAAAAUGCCAUCUUACUAAUAGCCAUGCCAACUCAAUCACAUAUACAAUGGGCGGAAGCGAAACACACAGGCACGGAGCAUGUCUCCUUUGAAAACUUUGUGCGAAAGUUUAACUUAAGUGACCGGGAGUCAGCCACGAACGACUAUAAACAUCUUAUCAAAUCAAAACGUUUACGUGAAACCAGACGAGAGAGUCUAGAGAAAUCUUUUGUGAAGUUUCAAUGUCAUCACGAAGAUAUUUUUUGGGCACAACGCAAAGUGGAAAUAUCUCGGAUAAAACUGCAACUCAGUUCUGAUUCCACGUCUAAUGACGCAGUCGUAGAUUUGCAAGAGGCUGCUGUCAAAAAAUCACAAGAGGGGUAUUUAGGAUUAAAGGAUAGACCUGAUGGCCAAUUACUUGCAAAUCAUUCAAAUUUACCGUCAGAGCGGCUACGAACUCCCUCAUGGGGCUCAGAAUCAAGUAACAGCUCCACUGGCCCAGUACCAUUCCCUACACAUGCAUUAGGACUAUUGACUGAAAGCAACGCGACUAAAACAGGAGGAAAACCACAAACUACUAAAUCGUCUAAUGUUAUUGAAUCGUUUUCGGGAGACGAGUGUGGCUAUGAUAAUAUUGAGUUCCCAGACCCAACAAGAAGUCUUGUGCAUUUUGAGGUUCUGAAUCAAGCAACUUCGUGGGUAUGUGAAGGCACCGAUAUUGUUGCCAUAUUUCGUGAGUUCAGAACAAAAAAUCUGCAGCCAUUUUCGCUUGUUCGUGAUGGAAUUGCCGAUUUAACUCCGGGCUCUACAUUCUUGGAGGGACUGGCACCAGGCGCCUCGUCAGCCGCUAGGAGAGUAGCCACAACUCCUGAUAUCUAUACCAAGUGGCCAACUCUCCAAGAGAUAAUGAAGCGAGUUUUCGUAUCAAGCAGCUAUGAUGAUGUAUCAAAGGCCAUUAAAAAAGAAAAUAUGGAGGAUCCGAUUGCAGCGUACAUGUUCGCGGUUAUUAUGUCUUACAAUCACUAUUUUAAAUUUCAUUCUAUGAUACCCGGCGAUCUCAAUGAACGUGAGGGAUUCACUGAUUUAACAUGGGGAUUCAUCCGUGGGGCAUUAACACUAACUGGAAUUGAAUCCCGUCAUCUUGAAGUGCAGACAACUGGAGUCCAGGAAAGGAAGAACGUUGACAAGGACCCGCUCUCGGACAUCUUGGAGCCUGGGCAGUAUAGUGACGGCCUAGCGUUCAGUGGGGACAAUCAAAUCUAUUUAGCAGAGACAUCGCUGGUCCGUAAUCCAAAAGCGGAGAAAAGACGUCAGGACGAGUUUAAGCUGGCUCGUGGAAUGAGAGACUCAUGGGUGAGUCAGAUAAGAUCUAUCUGCCGUGAAUCUACUCCUCCUCGCAACUUUAGUGUAUUUGGCUCGGCUACUUAUAAAGAUGAAACCAGGCUCUGGCAGAUGGACUUCCAAGGAGUAUUUCGGUUGCGCCAGUUUGACUCGUUCCUCAUUCCUUUAGAAAAGAAAGAAUUUGGACGGAGGAUGGAGAUGGCAGUUUGUGUUUGUCUACAACUGGCUGCUCGCAUUGAAAUGGAGAUUGAAAGUCGGGCCAAUACUAUACCUGCAUCAUAUGACCAGCGAAAUUUGCUAUCUAAUGCACUCCAAAAGAUCUUUACUACGUCGACAACACCAAAAAAGCAACGAAAAAGAAAAGACGCUGUUAUUUCCAAAGAUGAUGUACCAGUAUCUCGAAAAAAGAAAACAUUGGCAAACUCUUUUACAACAUUAUAGUUAAGAAGGCCAAUUAAUUUUUCAAUUCCUGUCUGAUUUGCUAUUAAAUCAACGAGCACUCUUUUAUUCAUAUCUACAUUGGGGGGGUUUUACGUGUACCUUUUGUUGACUCUUUGAAAAUAUGCCGAAAUGAUAAAUGUGGGCCUCUCGGAAGGCUCUCUUAAUUCUCCAAAUGUACUUUCUUGCGUCUUAUAUACUGUAUCGGCAGGAGUCAUUCGGCAUAUGCCUUCCCAAGUUCCGAUGUCCCAAGCUGGAUGGAUUGUAUAAAAAUCCAAAGGACUGUCAUUCCUUUUAUCUUUGCAAGGAUGGCGUUGCAUACCUGAAAGAGUGCCCUGCUGACCUCCUUUGGAAAGAUUCACUUAAA